UGUGUACCAAUUCAAUCAAUUUGCACUGUAUGUUUCGAAAGGCAAGUUUUUUACAAUAAUUCGUGUUCAGUUUUUCAUUAAAUAUCAUUCCUAUGAUGGAAAACAACACAGAUCAUUCUGAGCAGAAUAAUUUCAGUCCGUUAUCAGUGCAGGACGUAGAUGUAGACUUCUUGCCUAUUGUAUACGAAAUCAUACGAAGCGUAGAAAGAGAUUAUCACGACAAUUCGGCCAAGGCAAGGGAAUCGCAGGAUUGCAGUCAAAAGGUUCUGGAAUUGCAAAAAAAGUUCGACGUCGCUCGUUCUCAGAUAAGGCGACUUCCAGGCAUUGAAUUUAACAAACAGGAUCAAUUGAAACAGUUUGAAAUACUCCACACUCAGCUGCGUUUGAAGCGUGAACUUUUGCAAAAGUAUCGGAACAUGUGCUCAUUUGAAACAUCAUUCAAGUGAGUGAGAAAUGCCACUGCGCGCCUUGUUGAGGUACCUGGCUAAUAACGAGGAGCUAGUGCGGAAGAUUGCAGAAUCAUAUCCUGUGAGACGUGCAGCACAACUGACUGUCGCCAUGUUAUAUAAAAGCAAAGA